AUGGCUGCUUGUAUCUUCUGUAAAAUCGUCAAGGGCGAGAUUCCCUGCUUCAAGCUUGUUGAAACUGAGAAAUCACUUGCCUUUCUUGACAUCAACCCGCUGAGUCGGGGACACGCGCUUGUCAUCCCUAAGUUCCACGGCGAGAAGCUUCUCGAUAUCCCCGACGACUAUCUCACGGAUAUACUGCCUAUUGCCAAAAGGCUGGCCAAGGCAAUUGGCACAGACAACUACAAUAUCCUACAAAACAAUGGCCGUCUUGCUCACCAAGAAGUCGAUCACAUUCCUAAACCGAACCAGACGGAGGGUCUUGGGGUUGGUUGGCCCCAACAGAAGACCGACAUGGACCAGCUGAAAGCCCUGUUCGAAGACCUCAAGUCACGUAUCUAG